CACUGCAGGAAGUGAGUCAGAGUUCCGGAAGUACAUCGGACUGAUCUUUAAAAACAAACGGCAGAAGUGACAGCUCGGUUCGGCCAAACCAGCGGGAGGACGACGAGCAGUUGCUGCGGCGAAUAAUGUCAAGGAGCGACCAUGUGCUCACCUGAGACGGACGCGGAGCUCGAGCGAACAACAUCCGACCCGGCUUUCAUCCUGGAGUUGAAGACCCGGCGGCCCCCGCACCUGGAGGGCCGGUCGAGCUUCGAGACAUGGAGCGUGGACUUCUCCCCGGACGGAGCCUGGUUCGCCUGGUCCAUGGGACACGGGAUCGUGUGGGUGGUCGCCUGGCCUCUGGACUCCAGUGAAAACCAGGAUGGAGAGAUGGAUCGAGAAGACAAGAGCUUCAGCUGUGGUCAUCCAGUCUGGGGGCUCGCAUUCGGACCCAGACCCCCCAAGACUGCUGCCGGCAUCCACACUGACACAAAAAGAACCAACAACCUUCUUCUGGCUACUGGACUGGAAAACGGCACCAUCAAGAUCUGGAACGUCCUGACAUGUGUCCCAGUGUUUGACUUGCUCGGCCACGAAGGCAUCGUCAGGGAUCUGGUCUUCCCCCAGAACGGGACGCUGACGCUCAUCUCAUCGUCCCGGGACAAGACGCUGAGAAUUUGGGACCUGACCCAGAAAGGUAAAAAGGUUCAGGUUCUGUCGGGCCACAAAGACUGGAUCAGCUGCUGCUCCGUGUCCUCGGACUGCAGCAUGAUCGCCUCCGUCGGCAGGUUUGACCGGAUGGUGUGCUUGUGGAGUCUCCGCUCGUACACCUUCAUCCGGAACCUGACGGGUGGGACCCAGAAGACGCUGCACCUGCUGUCAUCAUGCGACUUCUCCCCUGACGGGGCGCUGCUGGCCACUGCGGCCUUCAGCGGCUCCAGCUGGUGGAUCGACCUGUGGGACCCGUACACUGCCGAGAAGCUGACCACGCUGGUCGACUACUUCAACCAGUAUGGUCAGAACCAGAUCUCAGCCAUCCAGUUCUCCCCCAAUGGCCUUCACUUGGCCAUCGUGACCGACGACAGAGCGCUGCGCGUGUGGGAGCCGGGUCAGGAGGGCAUGGUCAUGCACACCAGGCCAGACCGCCAGUCCAAUGGGCUGUGCUGCAAGUACCAUCCAUCAGGGGGCGUCAUCGCCACGGGGACCAGAGAUGGGCACGUGCAGUUCUGGAAAGCUCCCCGGACGGUGCCAAGCCUGGGGCACCUGUGCCGCUCCACCCUGCGACACGCCGUCUCCACCCACCAGAUGGAGCCGCUGCCCCUCCCCAAGAGGAUCCUGGCCUACCUCACCUACCGCAACAUCCCCACCUGGCUCAAGACCUGCUGCUCCUCGGACGAGGAGUGGGGCUGAAGCCGCGGCGCCGCUCUGACUAACCUCCCAAAUAACGUUUAUGUCGUUGACAAAAGGGAGCUCCACUCACGUGCUACAUUCCUCUGUUGCUGGACGUAAUUGCACUACUGGACACACUUUAUGUUCUAACGCUUUUUUAAGUCAUAUUUACGAUUUUAUACGAUUAAUUUAUUGUGUAAAUACCUCUGUGUACGGUCAUAGGAUGCCUCACCGCUGCACCUGUCCACAUGGAUAUAUAUAACAUAGAUUUAUUAAAAACUAAAUCAAGCACAGUCGCUGGUGUCGAGUCGUUGCUCUGAGAGCCCGACCAGGUUCUGCUUUGGGUAUUGGGUCAGUGCUCUGGAACACCCGGAGAGGCUCCUCAGACAUGUCUUACAACGGUGAAGCCGUUUUCUGCCGGGAUAUAUGGAAGCUACAGCGACAUCUGGUGGCCAAACGAGUGCACUAUAGACUAAGCGUGAUCCGUCUUUGCGAGCAACAGCAUCACAUGACUCCAGCCUCUAACCUGCUGCACCCUCAACAGCCCCCACUCCCUUCCCAGACGAGCCGAUGAAACGUCAGGUGUGGUGAACAUGUUUUUAAUGGGAAUGGGAACGUGACUGCAGCCUCAAGACGCCUCGCUGACCACCAGGUCUCUGACGGCCUGGAAGGCCCCCACCAUGGAGCUCAGCUGGAUCUUCUCGUUGGUUCCCGAGGCCAGUCGGUGCCUGCAACGCGACAGGGGAUCGUCUCAGAGCUGACAGCAGCAAAAGCAAUCCAGCAGGAAGUCACUCACUCGAUGUCCGCCAGCUUGAUGAGCAGGCCGAUCCGGAUGUUGGGAGGAAAGUCCACUGGAAACGGACAGAGUAGAAAUCAAUGAGCAACUUCAGAGGGGCGUGGAGGGAUCAUGGGAGGUGACCCUGCUGACCUCUGUGCACCAGCAGGUGGACCUCUGUCAGGAUGUCGUGCAGAGCCAAGCCCUUCAGGGUCUUCAG